UGAAUCUCAACUACGCGAAAAUACUCAGUCUUAGCUGAUUGACUGUUGUACUCAAGAAUGCGAGCCACAUAUCUACUGAGCCUCGUGCACGGUACGUUGGGUGUCGUGUCUGCACAACUCCUAGAAGCUUCGACAAUAGACGUCAUAGGAAAUAACAGCCUCUUCACACGAUGGCGUCCGGUAGCUCACUUUAUACCUCCCGCAGGAUGGAUGAAUGAUCCUUGCGGUUCGAUGUACGACCCCACAAGGGAUAUAUACCAUCUCUUCUAUCAAUGGCAUCCAAAUCACGUAAAUUGGGGGAACAUCUCGUGGGGCCAUGCUACUUCGAAAGACCUCAUUACAUGGGAAGAUGUCGGCGGCUGGCAUGAUCAAGACGCUCAAGCUCUAGGCACUGGACCGGUGGGGACGUACAACGGACUCGGGAUCUUCUCUGGUACCGCUCAGCCAGUCAACCUUCACGGUAAACAAGAUGGCACCCUCCUAGCCUUCUACACCUCGGUAUCGUAUCUCCCUACCAGUUGGUCAAUCCCGUAUCAUCGUGGAACUGAAAGCCAAAGCAUUGCCAUGUCUUCUAACGGAGGCGUCACGUGGCACGAACACCCAGGCAAUCCGAUCAUUACUGAGGUGCCAGGAAAUUGGAACAUUACCGGAUGGCGAGACCCCUUCGUUGAACCAUGGCCAGCGAUGGAUGCGUUGCUGGGCCAAUCUGAACCACAAUACUACGCUGUUUUUGGAUCUGGAAUCAAAGGUGUCGGCCCACGUAUUCCAUUCUAUUCUGCCCCUGCCAGCAAUCUGACCCAAUGGAAAUUCCUCGGUGCGCUCUGGGAACCUGCAUACAACAUAAGCCUAGGCUCUGUUCUCGAGACAGGCUCUUACGGGUUCAAUUUUGAAGUCUCUAGCUUUUUCUCCCUCGAAGACUCUACUGGAGCUCAACAUUGCUUCGUCAAUAUGGGUUCUGAGGGCGGCAAUGUGAGCUUCCAUGAAAGCGCACAUUGGGCUUUGUGGAACGAGGGAGUUGUUACAAGACGCGACAACGGGUCCGCCCAGUUCAAUCCAGUCUCUGGUAGCGCAGCCGAUUGGGGACUACUAUAUGCACUGACAAGCUUCAAUGAUACCAAGAACAACCGCCGCGUCCAGUGGGGCUGGGCGCCGGAGGAUGAAGGCGACUUUUCCAUCAAUCAACAAGGUUUCCAGGGCUGCAUGGCUCUUCCUCGCGAGCUUUUCGUUCACGAGGUUGCUAGCGUUGUCAACGUUGAUGAUAGCUCGACCGGCCCCGGUAGCUCUCACUUCGUCAAAAAUGGCGAUGGAACUUUCACGGCCUAUACUCUCGGCGUGCGUCCACUCGCCGAUGUGGUCGCGGGUAUUCGAAAAGGCUCAAAAGCUGUGGAAUUCACCAUAGGCGCAUGUUCAUCGAGUAAAAUCGCGGGUAAGGGGACUAGUCACAUGGAGCUCGCUGCCACCUUUAGCGACUUCAACGGCAUUGCUGGUCUGAGAGUCGCUGCGUCGCCUGGUGGAGAAGAGUAUACUAAUGUCUACUACGACUCUUCCAAUCAUACCCUCAAUGUCGACCGUUCUCAUUCCUCUACUGUCACAGAGUUUGCGAACUCGACUGUCGUGGGAUACUUCCGUCCCUACACUCUGGCGGCCAGUGGCAUAGAGAGCAUCGCCAUGAGCGUCUUUCUAGAUGGUUCACUUUUAGAAGUCUAUGUCAAUGGCCGCUUCGCUCUCACUACGCGUAUCUACCCUAGUCGCGAGGACUCGACCAACUUCGGUGUCUAUGUAGAAGAAGGUGCUAGUGUGCAUGUUGCUGAGGUCGUAGCUUGGGUUGGCCUGCGCAAUGUGUGGCCUGAUCGCCCUCUUAAUUCAAGCAGUAAGCUCGUUUUUGAUACUGCUGCUGAAACCAAUAACUAUACAUGGUGGUCAGGGAAUUGAGGGCACGGAUGCCGGUG